UUCAAACGUCUGUAACUGGCAAACCACGUUCCGUCAGCGAAGAACGUUGUGCUUAAAAUUCUCUUAAAUAUCGAAGAAGAAAAUGUCGAAGGACGGAAAACAGGAGAUCCCGGACGUGAUAUACGAUUCAACCACGAAAACUAGCUACCAAAAAGGCAGAUUUUUCGGAAAAGGUGGAUUUGCAAAAUGCUACGAGAUCACGGAUUGCAAAACAAAGGAUACAUUUGCCGGUAAAGUCGUCUCGAAGACCCUACUUUCGAAGGAGAAUCAACGGCUGAAGAUGAUGCAGGAAAUUAAGAUACAUAAAGCUCUUAGACAUAAACAUGUCGUUGGGUUUUAUAAUUUCUUUGAGGAUCAUUAUAAUGUGUAUAUUGUUAUGGAAUUGUGUAAAUGCAGAUCAAUGAUGGAAUUGCAUAAACGCCGUAAAACAAUAACAGAACCAGAAACCCGAUUCUACAUGAGCCAACUCCUCAGUGGCGUUUUUUAUCUACACAACAACAACAUAAUCCAUCGAGAUUUAAAAUUGGGUAAUUUAUUUCUAAACGACGAACUUCAUGUAAAAAUUGGUGAUUUCGGUUUGGCCGCGAAAAUCGAGUUUGAUGGUGAACGUAAGAAAACUCUUUGCGGAACACCAAAUUACAUAGCCCCAGAAAUUUUAACAAAACAAGGACAUUCUUAUGAAGUUGAUAUCUGGUCUAUCGGUUGUAUUAUGUACACCCUUUUAAUUGGUCGACCCCCUUUUGAAACUGAAAGUUUAAAAGAAACCUACUCAAAAAUUAAAAAUUGUGAUUAUCGUAUAAACACAAAUAUUAGCGCCACCGCGAAAACAAUGAUUGCAGCUAUGUUGCAAUCGGAUCCAAAACGUCGACCGAAAGUUAUUGAAAUGAUGAAGUAUGAAUUUAUGAAAGGUUAUACUCCCCCUGUGUUGCCAACGAGCGCUUUAACGAUGGCGCCUAGGUUUGAUAAGGUCGCAUCAAGGAAACCCUUGGUGGAAGUUGGAGACCCAAGAUCACCCCAAGUCAUUCAAAAACCAGACGAGGUUAUUCGACAACCAAUGGCAGCGUUUAACGCAUUAGCUAAUUUAAGAUCACUUCGUAACACUUUAGCAAGCGUAUUAGCUUCAAAACCAGUUCGAAAUUGCAACUUCGGCGAUGAAAUGUCCGAUCCUAAUGCGCAUCCGCUAUUUUGGGUUUCGAAAUGGGUGGAUUAUUCGGAUAAAUACGGGUUUGGGUAUCAAUUAUGCGAUGAAAGUGUAGGCGUAAUGUUUAAUGAUUCCACUAAAUUGAUUAUGUUGGCAAAUGGAGUAAAUGUGCAUUACAUAGAUAAGAACGAAGUGGAGACUUAUAUGUUGUUAAAUUCUUUCCCAGUUGUAUAUGAGAAAAAAAUGAAAUUGUUGUCUUAUUUUACCAGAUAUAUGAAAGAGCAUCUUGUUAAAACUGGAGGAUCGAAUGUUAAGGAAAUCGAUUCUGUUUCUAGGGUACCACAUUUGCACCAGUGGUGUAGAUCCACUACUGGAGUUCUUAUGCAAUUAAAUAAUGGAACCGUUCAAAUGAAUUUUAGCGAUCAUACAAAAAUAAUAAUGUGCACUUUAAUGUCUGCAAUAACGUACAUCGAUGAUGACAAAUCGUUCAGAACAUUCCGAUUCCAAUCGAUAAUAAAUAACGGUUGCUCUCAAGACUUAUACGAAAAGAUGCGUUACGCGCACGAUAAAGUCAACUCGGUGAUAGAUGACAUGGUGAAAAAUAAGUGAUACUUAAUGGUUAAUUAUUAAACGAAAGUUAUCAAGAAAGAAAAACAUUUUUAACGUGUCGUAAAACGAUGAACUAAUUCAAUGUGCAGAUUCGAACGUGGUGAAACUGAACAUCCGAAUUUAUUAUUAUUUUAUUAAAAUGUACAUUACUUGUGUUUAUUUAGGCUAUAAUUGAAAACCUCUACAUUUUUAUUUUCUUAUGCGCUAUAUGUAUUUAUAUUUAUGAUACUAUACUCAAUGUUAAGCCUGCAAUUUUUGUUCGAUCCGAGUAACUAUAACUACGUUAAUUAAUAAAAGAAAAAUAGAAGAAAAAAAAACGACGUGAAAUAGCGCGUAAUAGUAUUAUAUACAAGUUUUAUUAAAAAUAAACUAAAAUAUUUACUGUAGUUCGUUUUGUAACCGCGUUUAAUCCGUGAUUAGAACAUGUUUACUUUACCAUGCUAUGUUUUUAAUUUUAUAGUUGGAAAGGGAACGUUCUUUUUUUAUUAUAAAAUAUAUUGUUUGUUUGACAGAAAAAAAGUAAGUUAAUUUGUAAUAUGUCUUAAUUUUUUCUUUUUUUAAAUGAAAAUAUUUGUUCGCAAUACCCGAAUUAUUCAAAUUAUGUAGUGUUCAAAUUAGUGUUAUUUUAAAUUGUGUAUUGUGAACAUAUUGAAUAAAUGUAAACGUUUAGAUAUUAAACUGAAUACGCGAUUAA